UCAUCACAUAUUGAUAUUCAAAACUUGAUUGGUUGAACUUGAUUAAUGAUCAAAAAGGCAAUUUGACUUGACAUCAGAAGGUGCUGCCGUUGAUGUGUGACGACAGACAACUGCUCCCUUCCAUCGUUCAUUUCAGGCCGGCCAUCCGGGUUCAUUUACCCUCAGCUCACUGAGAGCAAAUCAUUCCAAAGCAACGCCAAAUAUCUGGUGACUGUUAUUCAACAUGAGCAGGUGAGUGUCAGCUAGCAUUUAUUUCUGCUAAAUAAUCCUUGAAACUGCUGCCAUGACACAUCAUUUUGCCCAGUGGCUGCUGUGUGUUUGCCCUGUUUUCUCUCCUGCAUGUCUCGCUGAGUGUGGAGAUGACGGGGCUCUAUGGCAGCUUCACCUCCCCCAACUUCCCCCAGCCAUACCCUGACAACCAGCACACAGUGUGGAACAUCAGUGUCCCGGAUGGCCACAGGGUCAAACUCUACUUCAGCCACUUCAGCAUGGAGCCCUCACCCCAGUGUGAAUAUGAUUACAUCCAGGUUUUGGCAGAGGGGAAUGAAACCUUGCGGUUCUGUGGCCAGGAGGAGAAGAACCAUGAAAGCACCCCUAGGAACACGGUCAUCCUGUCAGCCGGGAACCUCAUGUCAGUGGUCUUUAGGAGUGACUACUCUAACGAGGGCCGAUUCACAGGCUUCCAAGCAUUUUACACCUCAGAAGACAUCAACGAGUGUCAGUCCAAGUUAGACGGGGAGAGAGCGUGCGACCAUUUUUGCCACAAUUACAUUGGUGGAUAUUACUGCACGUGCAGACAGGGAUACCUUCUCCAUGACAACAACAGAUCCUGCACAGUGCCAUGCGUCAGCCAGGUGUUGACCUCCUUGUCGGGGGUUCUGACCAGUCCAGACUACCCAAAUCCCUACCCCCCCAUGAGUCAGUGUGAGCACACCAUCCGUCUGCCGGAGGGUUCCAGAAUAAUCCUGGAGUUCCUGGAACCCUUUGACAUAGAGAGACACCCAGAGGUGCCGUGUCCAUACGACAUGCUGAAGAUUUCAACAGCGGGACAGGAGUACGGACCCUACUGCGGGUCGAUACCACCGGGCAGCAUUGACACAGGAAGCUACCAGGUGCAUGUCACGUUCAGAUCUGAUGCUACUGGGAAAAACAAGGGAUGGAAGAUCAGCUACACCAGCACCAAGGCUGAACCCCUCACUUUGAGUUAAAGCAACACGUUGUAGAAAUUGCCGUUUUGUGCGAUUUUGUGCAGCACCGCUAUUGUAAAUACAAAUCACAGGUCAGACGUAAUGUAGGUGGUACCCUCUCACUGAAGUGACAACAAGCGAUAGAGACAGAGACGCCAUCCAUAUUACAGGACACUGGUACCGUCAACACCAUUCUGAAGCUGUUAUUGUCAGACAAAAUCUUACAUAAUGUUGCUUCAAGACUGAUGGUCUGUUGACAAAAAACAAUGUAGCUGUAGUCAUAGGCUAUGUGAACAUUUUACACAGUUUUACAUCAUGGCAAGUUAAAGGUGCACAAUGUAUGGGGUCUUCAUUGACUGUUUUUUUUUAUGUCUAAACAAACUUUUUUUUAAAUAUGUGGCGGACCCUGCCACCUGUCCAGCUUCACACUGUGAUAUACUUUAUUUUAUUCUGAAAACAGUUUGUUUAUUCAGUUUUGGAAAAAAAAUAUAUAUUUCUGAGUUUGUAUAAUUACCACGAGUAUUGUAAAUACAAAACUCUGAGUUUUAAUUACUUCUCCAAAACUACAUAGUGCCCCUUUAACACAAGCUUUUUUUUGUGACACCAGUGCUACAAAGAUACUCUCCAAAUUUCAAGCGAUGUUAUUGAUAAUUUAAUUACCAUAGUUUUAUUUCUUUGUUGUUGGCAAGAUGCUACUACAAUCUGACCAGCCUGAUCCUCUCUCAAUAACUCUUGUAUUGUGUGUUUUGUUGUUGUUACUUGCACAAAUAAAUGAGGAC